AAAUUUAUUUAUCAAAAGUCCAAAAGCAAAACAAAACAAUACAUACAAAUUUUGAUAGCUUAAGAAAAACUUCAUUAGACAAUUUGGUUCUAAUGCUAUUCAUAUUAUUUCUAUGGUUACCAAAAUGGAUCAACCAUUGUCGCUGAAGUUAAUGUCUUUAAGUUUGAUAUCCCAGUCUAAACUGCAGUGUAUUCUCUCCGCAUGUGGAGAUAAAAAAGAUCUUAUUAUCGAUCCUUCCCUUAUAAAACCUUUAGAAAGAAUUUGUGGCGUCAGCUGGCUAAGACAACAUGGCAUUGACAAAAUAUACAAAAUGGAUCCCCAUCUUGGAGCUACGGCUAAUGUUAAUAGGGUUUAUUUCAUUCCAUCAUGUGUUCAGAAAUACAAGUGUGUGCUGGAUCAAAUUGCAUCACUUAUCAGCCAAAAUGCUUCCCUAGCAGACUUGGAAUGUUUUCACAUAAUAAUUGUUCCAAAAGUUAUUGAUACUUUUACUUCAAUAUUAGAGAGUCGUGGUCUCUUUGGUACUGUGUCUUUACAUUCAUUCUCAUGGGAACUUAUGGUUCUAGAUGAACAGUUGAUAAGUUUAGAACUCCCAUUUCUCUAUAAACAAUUUUUUGUUGAUCAAGAUCAGUCAUUACUAUCCAGCAUUUCCAUGUCACUUUGGAGUUUGUUCCAUGUAAUAGGAAGGCCAAAGAUCAUGUUUUCUGUUGGGAAAUUGUCAGCUAGUGCGCUUGAUAUUUUGGAAAUUUAUAAGGAGACAUAUUCAAGAGAGUUUUUAAAUAAUAGUAGCUCUGAAGAAAUUGGAGCUUUGAUAUUAAUAGACAGGAAUCAAGAUUAUCCAUCAAGUUUACUUACUCCAGCAACAUAUAGCGGACUUUUGAGUGAAAUGUUUAAAAUCAACUGUGGUCAUUUGGACUUGAAUGUAAAGGAGACAAAGUUGAAAACAGGAAAGUUGGACUUUGGAUUUAAAGACGAGGGUUCCACCACUAAAAGUACAGUCAUGCCUUUGGACAGUUCAAUAGACACUCUUUAUGGUGAGAUCAAGCAUAGACAUUUUUCAGAAGUACUUAGUGUGUUGAGUUCAAAAGCAAAAUUAUUAAAAAAUGAAGAUAUUAAAGCUCUGGGCAUACAAGAAAUAAAACAUUUUGUUACAACAAAGCUGCAACAAGUUACCUUGUUCAAACAGAAUUUGGUCAAUCAUGUGUUGGCUUGUGAAACUAUUAUUUCAGAAAUGAGUAAUAAGUUUGAGAAUUUAAAAGAAACUGAGACAGAAAUGUUGAAUAACAGAAAUAAGAAAUCUAACUUCACCUUUGUAGAUGAAAACUUUGGCACUGACAUACAUAUUUGCAACAGUUUACGUCUCAUGUGCUUAUUAAGCCUGACACAGGGUUUAACUUAUGAUGAAUAUAAUUCUCUUGUUAGUAAAUAUUUGCUUGCUUUUGGUUAUAAGUUCUUGUAUGUAUUUAACAAUUUAAUGAAUGCUGGUUUAUUGAUUCAACCUUCCAGUCCAAAAUUAUCUUUGAAUAUCAAAUCAAAUUUAAGUAACCUACGAGAUACAUUACAGUGGCAGAGUGGGUUUCAAUCUACAGCAAAACAAUUGAAGCAGUUGCCAUCACAGCCUGACAAAGUUGGGAAAUCUUCUCCUAGCUAUGUUUUCAAUGGUGGCUAUACACCAUUAGCAGCUAUAUUUUGUAAUAUAGUAUUAACUUGUGAAUCUCUGUCUGAAGUAAUGACGAAGCUAACUGCACUAUCAGAUUUGAAAGUAGGGGGAAAGGCCGUGGAAAAACUAAGAAAUGGAGUAGAGACUUUGAAUGAGAAAUUGUCUAAUUUGAAACUUCAAAGUGAUUUGGAAUUUGGCUGUAAAGAUGCUAAGAGCUUGAUGAAAUUCCUGAAGAGUGACCCUAAUUUAGGUCAUGUGUUUCCAUUGAAACCUAAAAGUGUACUGGUGUAUGUUAUUGGUGGUGUGACAUAUGCGGAAGUAGCUGCUUGCGAUGUCGUUCAGACUGUUACAGGGAGCAAGAUAUAUGUGGCGAGUGACUGUGUGCUUAGUGGGCGGGAUUUGAUGGUAGCAUGUACAUAAAAAACUAUUUAAUUUUAUUUGCUAUGGGUUGGAAACUGAUAGAGAAAAUAUGUGUAGCAUGUACAUAAAAAACUAUUUAAUUUUAUUUGCUUUGGGUUACAAAGUGACAGAGCAAUUAUGUUAUAAAGAUAAUUCCAAGAUCUAAUUGUAAUAACUCUUAAAUCUAAGGUGUAACUAGUCUUUUUGUCUGUUCUUUGUAAUGAUUUAUAAGGAUAAUAUCAUAAUAUAAACAAAAUUUUAUAGUAAAAUAAGUUUUAUUACUUAAUAAUAUACUUAAAAAAUAGUAUAUCACAGUAAAUCAUCAUUUAACUCAUGUCACAAAAUGUAUUGAUGUUAACAUUCUUAUAAAGUAAUGUUUUACAGUAUUUCGCGUUUUUCUAAGGAGCCCUGGUUUCAACUAUGAAAGGGAAGAU